AUGGAUUUGGAUGGUAUUAACGAUGUCGUUGUUGUGAAUAUGAAUGAAAGAAGCAAUUCCAGAGAACAGAACAGUGAGCGACCAGGCAAUACGAGGGACGAUUGCGUUAACGAGAUAAUCGUCCUUGGCAGCAAUGGAAAACAAGUUUCAAAAGAUAACACUACUGAACUAUCUGAGAAGAUGGAGGUCGAUGAUUUAGACAAGAGCAUUGGUAAUGAAACGAUACUGUAAAUUGAUAUGUUAGUCAUUGAUCGAUUAUGCACAUGCAUUAAGGUUAUAUCCCGGCCCAUGUUUCUAGAACAUCACGAUCCCGUUGGUCUUACACAACUGAACUUAUUCUUAUACCCCUAUUGUGCACAAAACUAGCCUGCAUGACAGGCUCAAUGGGUAAUUGAGAGCCUGCAACAAUCUCAAAUAAAUUUGAUCACAGCCCAAUAAUUACUAUGAUAAUUUAUUUCUAAUCCAUGCAACCAAUCAUAGUAAUAACUGAUAUACUUUAUUACUGUUGUAGUUCAUAGAAUAGCUCGAAAAUUCAAACUUUUAAAAAAUUGGCAGUUUAAUAAGUUACUUUUGGAAGAAAUAAAACAGAAUUUACACCGGCGAUGUCGGUUUGGUACAUUAGUAUGCGAUACAAUUCACUAGAACAAAACAUUUUGACUUGAUAAACAGUUUAAUUAAAUGCCGUUACUCAAUUUUUACGACUAUUUUUACGUAUUAAUAAUGAACGGAACUGAAAAAUGUUUUGAUAUCAAAAGAAAGAAACAUUACAAUAAAUUUCAAAAUCAUACAAAAUAUGACCAGCUAUCUGCGAAUAUAUGUUUCAAAAUUGCAACGGCUGAACAGUAUAAUCGUUUACAAAUUGACAAUAACAAACUCUUAACUCUAAAAAUAUAUCACAAUACAAGCUACUGUCAAUUGCACUGUAGUUUCUAGUCUGCUGUAAAACUCAUAAUAACAUAAAAGCAACUGUAGAUCGAGUAGUAAGUUUCAUAAAUGCAUAAAGCGACAUGUAUUCCGAACUUUAAUAGAAUACAUAAUUUGUCAAUCAGUAUUUCAAGUUGAUUGGGUAUAGCGACUGUAUUAUUUAGAGAAAUACCAACACGUGCAUGGACAUGGGUUUGUAUCCAUGCUCUUCUACUUGUCAAGGCAGAUAUCCAAUUAGAAAACAUGCCAAAAUAUCUCGCAACCUCGUUCCCAGGCUCUUCCCUCUUUUUGGGAAAGCCUGGGAACGAGGUUGAACAUCUCAACGAUUCUGCAGCUGUUCAGUUUUUAGUCUAAAAUCCAUAUUCACAGCACUCCUUCAAAAAUAUUUGCUUUUAUUGAAAGCGUAUAAACAUUGCGCCACAGACGAUUGUAUAUAAUUUAUGCGUAUUUUGGCAUAUAUUAUUUUAGCCAAUAGGAUUUUCGUGUCCUCUCACGGCCCCACCAAAUUUCCUAGAGAUUGUUGCAGGCCCAUAUUCAAAUUCAGUCAAAUUACAAGUUUUCUUUUUAAAUAUUUAUGGUAUCGAAAAACGUCUUAUUGGAAAACUAAGAAGCUCCAUUUCGAUUGCUCAAAGCAUUUGAUUUGCCUCUUUGGUUUCUAGUGGCCAAUCAGUAGCUUUGUUCACAAAUCUUACUGUGAAUUUCAAUUUCAAAUUUUUCAGAGCACUCCGUGAACCAAAUUUGCAAUAUUGCGGGACAACAUUGCAAUACUGAUCAAUAUUGCAAUACUGGAGAACAUCCGGUUUUGCAGUAAAAGAAGAAUUUUUGCUCCAGCCUUAUCAUAAUUGAUUUUUUCCAAAUAUCUAAGGAGCGCUAUCCCAAAUCACUCAUGUGCCAUGCAUUUACAAGAUUAUAGUGUAUUAAAUUAUCUCAUUUUAGAUGAUGAUUUCCUAUUUAAAAGCUGUUUUACAAAAACUUUAUAUUACAACGAAAACAAAUCCCUGCCAGUGUACAAGUGUGGGCUGACAAAGGGGAUUUCUACCGAUAAAGUUGCAGAUAUCAUCAUAAAUGGUUGCAAAGAGUCAAGCAGAGUAGCGUCGUCUGUUCCCACAGCCAUCGAGAAGAAUGUUGUGUUUGUUGUUAAAACCGAUGCUCUUGGGGACAGGGAAGACAUCAAAUGCGACGAUCUUGGAGGCUGGACAGUGACUGGAUCCAAAAAGUUCUUGUAUGAAAAGAAACAAAGUAAUGUACAAAAAAUCAGCAUUGAAGAAAACGUGUCUGGUCGUUCGGUUUUUCUGCUUCGUCGACUAUUUUACAAAAAUAUCAGUCUUCCAUCACUUCGAAAAUCAAUUGUAACCGCUGAAAACCUAAACACCAAGGAGCAGCUUGAUUUGGCUUUCGUGCAGUACAUAUUUACAGAAGGUGAGCAGCGUGUGCACGUGAAACCACAUGGAAAUUCCAACAACAAAACAAAAGAGUCAAAACCAUACAAAAGAACCAUGCAAAGUACUAAAGAUCUUGUCCAAGCUAAGCUCGCAAAGCAUUCACCUCGUAAGGUUGUCCAUGAUGUAAUAGAAGAGAGAGGUGGUAUCGACCAAAUACAGUCGGCCGGCGAGUUUCCGCGAAAUAGGACACAGAUAUAUAAUGCAAAAAGAGGUUUAGGUAACCCCAACGGCAAAAUUUCGACAUGUGUUAAAGAUCCUUUCUUGGAUGUACUCAUCAAGGCUAAGGAGGAACAGUGCGAACGUAACAAUGAAACGAUUGGCUUUAUCCGUGACAUUCCUAUGUUUCCAGAACCAGUGGUGUUUCUAACUACCGAGCAACAAUUAUUUGACGUCGAACGAUUUUGCACGAAUCCAGAGUCAUUCUGUGUAUUGGGGGUUGACGCAACGUUUCAAAUUUCUGAUUAUUACUUUACAUUUGUGACAUACCAAAACCUUCUUCUAGAGACCGAAAGAGGUAAUCAUCCUGUCACUAUUGGUCCCGGAAUUCUACACAAAAGAAAGCUCACGUCAUCUUACAAAAAUCUACCGCUCCUAAUGACUAAGUAUCAACCAGGCAUAAAUGGUGUUUUGGUGUAUGGAACUGAUGGUGAACCGAAUUUAUAUCAUGCUUUUAGUGAUGUGUUCAGUGACGCCAAACAUUUACGAUGCGACAUCCAUUUGCGAGACAAUAUUCAACAUAAGUUAGAUGAACUUGGCAUGACGAAAGAGUUUUCCAUGGAAAUAAUAAGUGAUAUAUUUGGCAAAAACGUUGGAGACAAACGAGAAGGUGGACUUAUUGACUGUACCUCUUCAGACGAUUUUGACCAAGCUUGUGACAUUGCUGUGAAGAAAUGGUCUAAUUUUUCCAAAGGCGAAGAGUUUGUUAAAUACUUUCUUGAUGGAAGAUCCGAUGUUUUGCGUGAGUCGUGCAGGGCCGACAUAAGAUCAAUGUGUGGUCUCGGGUACCCUCCCAGGGUAUACACACAAAAUGCAAACGAGUGUAUGAACCGUGUUAUAAAACAAACGAAGCCUACCCAGUAUGGGAAAAAGUCACUCACUUUCUUAGAAUACGUCGAAAAAAUCGAAAGCGAAGUGAAGAGGCAACAAGAAGAACAGUUUUUGGCUGUUAUUGGUAGAGGAGAAUACCGACUAAGGAAAGAGUUCGAAUUCCUACAUGUUGACGAGGCAAAUUUCUACAGAAUGACACCCAAACAGAAAAUAGACAUGAAAAAAAAAUUCUUCACGAUUUCCGUGUCAGAAAAAAACGGAAAUGUCAGCAGCACUGAAACAAAUCCUGUCAGCACUCAAAGUUACAGUCUUUCAGUUACGGCAACUCAGUCACAAAUUAUCAAUGUGCCAUUCCAGAUUCUAAGACCUAUGUUUGAGAAAGCUUCCAGGACCGUGGAGACCAAAAGUAACGUGUGGAAAGUUCCCUCUCUGGAUCAUGGAAAGGAACGAUAUGUUACGUACAUGGUAAUGAGUCAAACAAGCCCAAAGCCACACACGGUUUUUGUUCACAGUAAAACCAACAAAGUUGAGUGUGACAGCACUUGCGUAAAUUUCACCUCGUACCGCAUAUGUUCCCACUGUAUUGCUGCCGCAGAAAUGGCCGAAUGUCUACCAGAAUUUCUUUCUUGGUUCAGAAAAGGCGGAAAGAAGACAAAUCUGACCUCGGUUGUUAAUAUCAAUAUGCCUGCCAAUGCCGGUAAAAAGAUAUCGAAAGCAACACAACGGCGCAAGGGGUCUUCAAAUAAAGAAGCAGGUAAAAGUUUGAUGCCCGUUGUCAGCCGACUGACUGGAGGAACUCGAUCGUCUGGUGUCUUUCAACCGCGACAAGUACCCACAUCUGCAGUGGUCCCAGGCCCAGGGUAUAAUCAGCUAGGAUCAUUUUCUAUGUCAAGUGCAGUUGAUGUGCAAAACACAGGAUGUCCCCCAAAUCAGUUUCAAAUGAAUUCAUACCAUUUUAAUUCACACCCCUACAGCUUGCACCACCGACAGCAACAGAUCUCUGUUCCAAUGAGUAGCGCUUUUAAUGAUGCAGUACAAAGUCCGUCAUUCCAAUAUGGCAGCUUGCACCACCGACAGCAACAGAUCUCUGUUCCAAUGAGUAGCGCUUUUAAUGAUGCAGUACAAAGUCCGUCAUUCCAAUAUGGGAUUAAUCCGCAGCUACAUAUCCACCCUGGAAAACCGAACCCAGCACCCGGUGCGUUUGUGAUAGCCUUACUGAAAUUCACCGAUCCCAGAGUAUGUAAAUGUUAUGGUUGUCGUGACACCUUGAAACCAGACUCCGCAAUACCUCCUUGUCCAAAUGAUAUGAUCAUAGCUUCGAGACAAUUUCGAAAGUAUUUCAAAGCAGAUGGAAAGGAGCACACAUCACCAGAGCUCUCCAUGGUUUACUUCCAUGCACGGGUAUCUUGCAUAUUACUCCAAUUCCCUGGUUAUCUAGGAAACACGCUUUCUGUGCCCUCUGAUCUGGUUCCUCACCUACAGGAAAGUCACAAACAGCUUCUAAGGAAGAGGUUCAAUAUCCUCCUUUGA